CUGGAAGGGAAGUGUUUGAUUUUUCUCUCUGAUUUUUGAUUUGAUCUCUUCAUAUUCUGUUGAGAUUUUGAUCGAUUUGUGUUUCUAUUGUUGAAAUCUGUUAGAUCUAAGUGUUUUUGAUCACGAAUCUGGUGAAGUCUCUUCAUAUACUCUUUGAUUUCGUGUUGAUCUGUGUUCCUUGUGAAGAAAUCUAUCGAAUUUGGGUUAAUUAGAUCUUGUUUUGGGUAUUAGACUGUUCGGAUCCUUGUUUAUCAAGUUAUCCGAUUGCUUGAUCUGAAUCUGUUUGUUGAUUGCAGUCGAUCUGUUCUUAUUGUUUUAGAUCUGUUCUUGCUUGAUCUAAAUCUCAUCAUCUGUUAUCAUAUCAUCUCUGAUCGUGUGUUGAUUGAUAUUUUGAAACCUAAUCCGUGUAGUGCAAGUUUGAUUGAUUUCGUUUUGAUAUUUUUGUUUUGAAAAAUCUGUGCUUGAAUCUGAAAUCGAAAUCUAUCUCUCCAUUUUUUUGUUCUAGUUUCGAAAUCAAUCUGAUCUGAUAGGCUUAAGAUUUCAAUUCUGUUCUGAUUAGUUUUGAUCUCUUUUAAAUCAUUGGUUGAGUUUGAAUUUGUUCUGAGAAUUGUCUAAAGUUUUAAGCUUCAAUUUGAAUCUCUGAUUUUGCAAAUUGUUUUUUUUGUUUUCUCUGUAGAACUAUUUACUGGCUUAGUCUUUCUCUUGUCUCAGGUACCAUGGCAGGAGAUCAAAAAGGAGAACUCAGCAAGAAAGAAAAGCUUUUUCUUGAAGAAUUCACAGCCAGUAUGGAUAAAGCCUGCAAAGAUCAAUUGAGAAAAUUCAGACAAGACAUACAGCAGCAAAGGAAAGGCAGAUCAUCCAGAGAUGAGUACAAGAAAAAGGAGUUUGAUCAGAUGGACAGAAACUGGAAGCAUGCUGGAUUGAAAUAUCAAAUUCCUUCUUUUCAUGGCCAGGCUGAUCCUGAAGCUUAUGUGAAGUGGGAAAAGAAGAUUGAGUUGAUUUUCAGUAGUCAACACUAUGCUAAAAAAAAGAAGAUUCAAAUGGCUACUGCUGAGUUUUGUGGUCAUGCUUUAAGAUGGUGGAAUCAGUUGAUAAAGUGCAGAAGACUUGAUGGAAAAGAACCAGUGGAAACAUGGCUUAAGCUGAGGGCUUUGAUGCGUAGAGAGUACGUUCCAAGACAGUACCACAAGGAAGUUAUUCAAAAGCAGCCUGAGACAAAGCUAUGUUCUUCAUUAUCAGUUCAGAAACAACCAGACAGCAAGAGAUCAAGUCCAUCUAGUAACCUGGUUUCAUCAAGCAAAACAUCAACCUAUUCCUUUGAAGAUAGCAUAAGGAAGGCAAUUUCACAAGCGUUUAGGGAUGUAGAGAAACAACUUAAACAGUCCAAGACUAUAUCUCCAUCCUUAGAAGUACAGAACCAAGCGCUUUCCUCAACUGUCUCAGAACUCAAAGAUGCAGAACCAGACUCAGUUGCACAAUCAGACUUGGCUGCACUAGUUCAAGAAGAUCAAACCGAGAUUCCAACAAUCACCAUUCAGAAAGAUGAUCAACCCAUCAAGGACGACCUGAUUCUCUUCAAACAGGAUGUAAUAGAAGAGGAGGCACCCAUGGAAUCAAAAUCAGACAGUGGAGUAGAGCAUCUAUUUGUCACUGAUUCAAACGGUUUCCAAAGGACAUUCUUGGGUACUUUUCUCAUCAGUCCUUUUGUGUGGAACAAGACCAGAGCAGUAGAGCUUUCAAGACACCAACUGGGCAUGGAACAUGUUGUAUUUGAGCCUGGAGGAGAGUUGUGGAAUCACAGGAACAAUCCCAUAGUGAUUGAGAAGAAAUCGGCAGCAACAACAAUUGUUUUUGGUGAUCUUUUACCCUCUGAAGCUAAUGGGAUGCACGUCUCAGAUCAGCAAGAGUUUCACUACGAAACCAAUUGGAGAAUGUUACCCACUCUUUCCUGGAUCCAACAAACCAGAAAACGCAGCAAAUGGCCUCCUGAUCAUCAAGAUAUUGUCAAUUCCGCAAAACAUAUCGGUUUAGCCAAAUUCUGUGAGCUGCUUAUAUCAGAUUGGGGUGGAAGGUUACAGUUCUACUUGUGGAAACCUGGAGCAUAUUCCAGAAUACUUAUCAUCCUUGGAGAGUGCUCUGCUCGUAGUAGAACCAGUUGGGGCAAUAAAGAGUUGGAAGCUGAUCAAAACUCCUUGCUUCUCGGCCAUGUCAAGAUAUGGAAACCACCUGAUAUGCAGCAGCUUCAGCACCAUUACAAAGACUAUCAAACCAUGAGUGGAGAUGGAGGAUUCACUGGAGAAAAUGGUGAAGUGAUUACUGGAUCAGGAGAAGAACUCAUGUUUUCUUCUCAAAUCAAAGAGAAACCACCAGAUCAACAUAGCUUACAACAAACUCCAAAGCAACCAACCCGAGGUAUCUAUCUAAACUCAAAGAAAAAUAUGAAACCUGAUUUGCUUGCUGUUCGAACAGGUCAAACUGUGUUGAGCUCUACACUUUUCGAAAAGAGGGCCUAUAGUUAUCAGAGUAUCAAUGAUGAGUCCUUGGCUAAGUUGGAGACACAACAAGCAAACCUUGGAAGCUGUCUAGCAGCCAGUCUCGACAUAGGAGCAGUCCGAGGAUCAUAUCUCAAUCACCACAAGGAAUUAAUCAGCAAAAUCGACUGCCAUGGAAACUUAACUCAUCAGGGUCUCACGUCGGAUUGGAAUCAUGACCAAAGCUUCUCCGAUGAAAGAGUUAUGGGUUCUACAAGUCGGCUGAUCCUCUGUGUGCUUUGUUUGAAUUUUUCUGAGUUCAAAACAUCUCAAUCCUAUCUAUGGCGACCAGGUGAGCAUCCUAAGGUAAUUGAUCAUGUCUUCAAGAAUUAUUUUUGUAUUGUUUACACAGAUAUGAUGCACUUUUCUUUGUCAAAAGAGCCAUGUGCAGAUUAUGAUGAAACCUUGAAGCAUACAAGAAGAAACUACAAGCGUGAGGAAGACAAGAGAUUCAAACCACCUGAUCUGGACCAGGAUAAGCACAAAGGCGUCCCUGGCUUCGUCCUCAUCAAAGAAGCACCCCCAGAUGCAGCCUACCAUCCAAAACCGAGCAAAAACCUCUUUGGGAUAAGACUCUUACUCUUUGAUAAAUCUUCAUAUACUAACUUGCUUUAUUUCAUUGUUUGUAAAUCAGGUUUGAGGAAUGCAUCAGUAGUAUGGAGAGCCCAACAUAAAACAGAUUUGAGGUCAAAUCCUUUUCAAGAGGGAGGGGAUGAUGUGAUCAUGGACCAGCUUGUAGAUGAAGAUGCCCUAGCCAUUCCUGAAGGUCCCAACACUUGUUCCAGAUCAAAGAAACUCAAUGAAGCUGAUGGAGAAAUACUCAAGAUGUCAAGGAAGCAAGAAGAUUGUCUUGGUUGCAGCUUGAUCAACCAAGACACACUCACCACAAUUCAAGCUACUCCACCUUCAAGCUAAUCAUCAUCUAGGCAAGUAGCUUGUGUGUGCUCUUUUCCUAACCUUUGGUUUUGUCCCACUGGGUUUUCCAAAGGAAGGUUUUUAACGAGGCCACAAGUUUACUUUCACAUCUCCUAGAUGAUGAUCCCGGACCAACCACAUUAUCUAUCUUAUGUUAUUUUAUCAUAUGUUUUAUGUUUUGAAUAAUUUCGAAAACUUGGUCUUUGUUUAGUUUCCAAGGGAGCCUGUUCCCUUUAUUUUUAUUUCUAUUUUCGAGACCUUGUGCAUGUACAAGGGCCUCUCUUUAUAUUCUGGUCGUGACCCCCCCUUUAUCAUUAAGCAAUCUUUUAUCAAAAACCCUUUUCUCUCUUC